GUCAAUUUAGUGGCUUCUUUGUUGACGUGCAGCUUCAUUCAGCUCAGCCCCCUCACGCGCCAGUCUUUGAGAGUUGGACCAAGUAAAGCACAUUUAGUCCUGUCCUACACCGAGCUACGGUCUCCGACACAAUACCGCGUGGACUAAACUGCGUGGACGACAGUAGUACUUGUUCCUGGAGAGCUCCCACUUGUAACAGUCCCCUGCCCGCUCAUGGCGAAUGAGCGACUCAGAGCUCUGGAGGAGGUGGAGAAGGAGAUAGCGACGAUCUUGCAGUGCGCGGGUAACAUAGUACUGGAACUCUCCAAAGACAAACACAACGCCAGCCUGCUGGACAGACAGUUGGUCCAGUUCCAGGGCUCCGUCAACCGAGUGGAGAGCGAACUGAGCGGUCAGAUCCGGUACCUCACACAGGUAGCUACCGGUCAGCCUCAUGAGGGUUCCACCUAUUCUGCCAGGAAGGACUGUCAGAUGGCCCUGAACAGAGCCGAGUACGCUAAGGUCAAACUGGGAGAACUGGGGCGGACAUGUGAAGUCAUGCUGGAGCAGCAACAACAACAACAACAACAGCAGCAACAACAACAACAACAACAACAACAACAACAGCAGACAUGAGAGCAGAGAGAGAUGUCCAGUGCAGCAUUUCACUCUAAUGACUGUAUCUGCCACCAGCCUUAACACCAUCGAUCCUUUUCAUGUUUGUUACAAAUACUGAAGUACCACAAGAAACACAAAGAAAAACUCUUGUGUAUCACAACAAAGUAGUUUAUGUUGCAUUUCUAGGUAUAUUUUGUUAUUAUAUUUUUUUUCUAUUCGUGUCCAUAUGUAGACCGUGUUAAGAUUCUUCUAAUACAAAGAAAGUUGAUACCAAAUGUUUCAGCAGAUCCAGCGCUGACAUCCAGAUUCUCCCUGGAGCUGUGCUCUUACAUCGUACAGGGAGGAAUCUUAACCGAGGGAAUGCAAAAGAUAUCGUUUUCUCCACCAGUCAACCUUCAGUUGUGCGGAAUACUCUGUGACAAAAUACAGUGAAAAGUAACUUUGGAUGGCCAUAUAUGCACUCUGACAAUCUUAAAGGGAUAGUGAGGAUGUUUUGUUGUAUGAGGU